AUGGCUUUUAUGAAGGGUAGAAACAUCCAUGAAGAUAUUGUUUUGGCGUCUGAAAUGAUUAACGAGCUGAGCGCGACUAGGAAACAUGGUAAUGUUGGCCUUAAACUUGAUAUAGCGCAAGCUUUUGACACUGUCAGCUGGGAUUUUGUAGCUGAGGUCUUUCGGAUAGCUUCCGACCAAUAUGUUAAUCGUACCAAAAACAAGUUUUAUUAUGGAGGUGGUAUUGGUUCUAAGGCCAUUGCUAUUUCUAAUUAUCUAGGGAUGAAGCAUGCCUUAUUUCUGGAUAAAUAUAUGGAAAUUCAAUUGAAGCCAGGUAUUGUUCGUCACAUUCAUGUGCGACAGGUGGUUGAGAAGAUUUUGGAAAAAUUGGCCUGUUGGAGAGAUAAGCUUUUAUCUUUUCAGGCUAGACUGGUCUUGAUUCGCUCAGUUAUUUCUAGCUAUGUUAUUAAUUCUAUGGUUGUUUACAAAUGGCCGAGGAGGAUUAUUGAGCAAGUGGAAAGGGCCAUUAGAAAUUUUCUAUGGUCGGGUGAUGCUGAAAAACGUAAGUACUUUACGGUGCUUUAUGAUAGUUUGUGUUGUUCAAGAAGAGAAGGCGGCCUAGGAAUUAAAAGGUUGUAUGUAAUUAAUAAGGCAAUGCUUAUGAAGCUUUGGGUUACUAUAGUGACUCAGAUAAGAUUUGGGCAAGAUUUUUGA